GAGAAUUAGAGGACGGACUUCAAUUUAUUUAAGCCUUGAACUCUUGAUUAAUUUCCUCCACUAUACGCGCGAUAAAAUUUGUUUCUCCCUUAAUUCAAACAUAAUCCAGUACAUCCAAAAGAAACUCAACAUGUCUCUCGCAACACUCGACACAUCGCAGCACCCCAACCUCCCCGCCGCAUCAGCAACCCUAUUCAAGGCCAAAGCUACUAAGAAACUAAGCUUCGAACAAAUCGCCCAGCACAUCGGUCGCAACGAAGUCGCUACCGCAGCCCUCUUCUACGGCCAGGCCAAGGCUUCACCAGAGGACAUCACCAACCUCGCCUCCCUCCUGGAUAUCCCCCGGGAUGCCCUAGAGGAACAGCUCGGCGGCUUCCCUGACCGUGGCAAGUCCGUGGAAAUGCCACCCAAGGAGCCUUUGAUUUACCGCUUGUACGAGAUUGUGCAGAACUACGGGUACGCCUAUAAGGCGAUUCUAAAUGAGAAGUUUGGCGAUGGGAUUAUGAGUGCCAUCUCAUUCUCGACCAAGGUGGAGAAGGAAACUGAUGCCGAUGGAAAUAAUUGGGCGGUGAUUACUCUCCGUGGCAAGUGGUUGCCUUUCUCGAGGUUUUAAGUAUGAAGGGUGAUGCCGUCCCCCCUACUCGGGAGAUUUAGUGUAAUUUGAUGAUUUGAUGUCAAAUAUGUGUAUGAAAGCCAUAUGGUACAAAAUGAAAGUUUGUUAUCUGUCG